CCCGCACCACCGGGAAGCAUCCCGGGUGCGAGGGGACAUCCCGGAUCCAUCCCGUGGCUGGGCUCUGGGCCCGCAGGGACCCCCGGGCAGCGGCGGGGGCCGGGAAGCAUCCCGGGGUUGGGCAGACCCGUGGAUCCCCGGACUGAGCUCGGGGACCCCCGGGCGGCGCGGGGGGCUCUGCCCGGUCCCCACCGCCAGCCGGGUGGGCCCCGGCGGUCGCAGGGUCCACCCUGCCCCAUAGGAGCGGACAUAACUCGGCGGAUGCCGGGGCCGCCCGGGGGUGCCCGCAGAUCCCUGAGGAUUUGUACCUGUCCAGGGAGCGUUUGCCAUGGACACUGGGCACAUAAGCAGAUCCCGCUUCAGCGUGGCCUCCAGCCCGCCGCGGUGGGAGAUCGGGCUCUACGCCGCCGGCGCCUUGGCGCUGCUGGGAAUCGCAGCCAUCAACCUGUGGAAGCUCUGGCGCUCCGGGAGCUACCCGGCCCCUUCCCCCUUCCCCAACUAUGACUACCGGUACCUGGAGCAGAAGUACGGAGCGGCGUGCCCGGACGUCAGGAACAAGCGAGGGCUGGCCCCGGGCUCGCAGCGGGCGCCAGGUCGGAGCUCUUCGUCCCGCAAGAGCAGCCUGAGGGCAGAGGACGCCUUGGAGAGUAUCCAGGAGCUGGGAAGCCUGGAGCUGAUGGGCAGAGACCUGGGCCUGGCCCACUACGGCCCCCUGCGGAAAUCCAUCUCGGCCGACUCCCUGAACUCCAUCUCGUCCAUCGGGAACAACUUCGGGCAGGAUUUCACGGUGGGGCAGGUGGAGGUGUCCAUGGAGUACGACGGGAGGGCGGCUGCCCUGCAUGUGACGCUGCUGCAGGGCAAGGACCUGCUGGAGAAGGAGGACGCGCGCUUCGAGUCCUGCUUCAUGCGGAUCAGCCUCCUCCCGGCCGAGCAGAUCGUCGGCAUCUCCCGGAUCCAGAGGAGCUCCUACUCUGUGGCCUUUGAUGAGCGCUUCUCGGUGCCGCUGGAUCCAGCGGCGCUGGAGGAGAACAGCCUGCGCUUCUCCGUCUUCGGCAUCGAUGAGGACGAGCGCAGCGUCAGCACCGGCGUGGCCGAGCUCAAGCUCUCCGACCUGGACCUGGCCAUGCGCCCCUUCAACGCCUGGCUCUACCUGCAGGACACCAACAAGGCGGUGGACACGGUGGGGGAGAUCCUGCUCUCCCUGAGUUACCUGCCCACAGCCGAGCGGCUCACGGUGGUGGUGGUCAAAGCCAAGAACCUCGUGUGGAGCAAUGGGAAGGUGACUGCAGAUCCCUUCGUCAAGGUGUACCUGCUGCAGGAUGGGAGGAAGAUCAGCAAGAAGAAGACAGCGGUGAAAAGGGGAGACACCAACCCUGUGUUUAACGAGGCCAUGAUCUUCUCCGUGCCUGCCAUCGUGCUCCAGGAGCUGUCCCUGCGCGUGACGGUGGCUGAGAGCGGCGAGGACGGGCGUGGUGACAACACGGGCCACGUGCUCAUCGGGCCCACGGCCAGCGGCAUGGGCACCACGCACUGGAACCAGAUGCUGGCCACGCUCCGCAAGCCCGUCUCCAUGUGGCACCCACUCCGCAGGAAUUAGGCCGGAUCCUGGGGACAGCGAGCCUGGAGUAGGGACUCGGUGGCACCCCACAAGGCCGAGCUGCUCAGGGGCCCAAAAUAGCCAGAGCACGGACAGAGCGGCUCCGUGGGCGCGUUCCUGGUUGUGCUGGGCCAGAGCUGCCAGGAAGGACCCAAAUGGACCAAAAGCAGCAGGAGCCUCCUCGAAGUGCGGCUCCCAAGCGUUCCGCGUGCUCCCAAUGGCCUCGAAAUCCAUGGAAUCCUCAAAGAGGGACUCUGAGCAAGGGAGAGGGGGAUUCCUUUGGAAGGUGGUUUUUGGGUGGGAAUCGUGAGGGGGGGUGACAAAAGCCAGCUUGGCGUGGGUGGUGAUCCUGAGGGGAUCUUUUGUAGUGACUUUGGUGCGCUGUGCCAGGGUUGGAAUGUUUCCAGCGAGAAUGGAAAAAGGGAGCAAUAACAGCAGAAAUAGAUUGUUACAUAUG